AGUUAAGCGUCCCAGAAUAACUAUUGUUAUUAAUAUUAAUAUUAAUAUUAAUAUUAACACCCAUUGGUCCACAUCAGAUGUAAUGGGGAAGCACUCCUCUCCCAGACUCAGCUUAGGCUCCCAGAAUAACUAUUGUUAUUAAUAUUAAUAUCAUUAUUAACACCAUUGGUACACAUCAGAUGUAAUGGGAAGUAAUGUAAGUAAGUAAGUAUUGAAGGGAGAGCGUUCUAUUGGUAUGGAAGAAACACCACCACCACCACCAAGGCCAACCAGUCCAACCCCCAUCAUGCAAGAAUACAAAGCACUCCUAGCAAAUGGCCAUCCAGCCUGUCUUUACAAAUCUCCAAAGGAGGAAAUCCUGCCACACUCCUGGGCAUUGUAGGCAGCAUACUCCACCGCCUAACAACUCUUACCUUCAUGAUUUUUCCCUCCAGUUUAAAUCUAUUGUUGGUUACCUAGUCUCUAGAGUAGCAGAAAGCAAGCUUGCCCCUUCCUCAAAAUAUUUGAAAGGUUUAAAACUACAUAUAUUCGUGUCAAGGUGAUUAAGUGAAGUUCACUUACUUACUUUACUUACUUAGGUGAUCCCUCGUUGUCCGAGUAUGAUGGCCUUCCAAGUGUAGUUUCUUGGUGGUGGGUCCAUAAGUCACUGAGGAGCCCUAUUCUUGACCAGUAUGUUCUUCCACAGUGAGGACAUCCAUUUCCAGGUGAAGGCGGUCCCGGUCAGGGUUGGCUUGAUGUGCUUUCCUCUUGGCACAUUUCUCCCCUAAGUCCUCCAUUCGUGCCUUUUUGAAUUCUGCAGCACUGCUGGUCACAGCUGACCUCCAGUUGUAGUGCUCAAGGGCCAGGGUUUCUGAAUUCUCAGUGUCAAUGCACAGUUUUUAAGAUUGGCUUUAAGCCCAUCUUUCAAUCUUUUUUCCUGUCCACCAACAUUACGUUUUCCAUUCUUGAGUUCGGAGUAGAGUAACUGUUUUGUGAGACAGUGAUCUUUGGGCAUUCAGACAACGUGGUCAGUCCAGCGGAGUUGAUGGCGUAGGAGCAUCGCUUCAAUGCUGGUGGUCUUUCAAAGACUUUAAUAAACAGAUGAGUUUUCACUUGGCACUUACCACUUUGCUAGGUCUUACUUUCGGGGGAGGCCUUAUAUUUAGCAAUUCAGCAAAACCUCUACUAGGUCUUACUUUCUGGGGGUGUCUUAUUUUAGGGGAAACAGGGUAGCUAUUGUAGCAGAGAUGGGUAGGAAAUAACAAGUAGUAGUAGUUGCUGUUGUGCAUUCAAGUCAUAUCCAACUUAUGGCAUCUCUAUGGUUAACCUUUCAUGGGUUUUUCCCAGGGUGGUCCAGUAGGGUUUGUGCAGCACAGUGUCUGUUAUUUUUCCAAUUAUUCUCUCUUUUCCAUUCUUCUAGCUCCAUCCUUUCCCGAGAAACUCCCUACUUUAUAACACUUCCAUGGAUGGGAUGUACCUGGAUCAGAAUGGGAACCUGGUGACAUCUCACUUUGACAUUGUGCACUUGUUGUCAUUUCCCAAUCAGUCCUUUGCUACAAGGAAAAUCGGGCACAUAGAGGGGCAGACAUCGCAAGAUAUAAUGUUCACGGUAGACCAGGAGGCCCUUGUGUGGACCAAGUGGCCUAACCAGGUUGCACCCCAUUCAAGAUGUACUGAAAGUUGUCAACGUGGAUAUGCCAAGGUGAUUCAGGAAGGGAGGCCCUCGUGUUGCUACAGCUGUAUGGAGUGUUCACCAGGGACAGUCUCCAUUCAGGAAGAUGCCGAUUAUUGCACCAAGUGUCCUGAAGAACAGCAUCCAAACAAGGAUCGGGAUCAAUGUGUCCCCAAAGUCAUAAUCUUCCUGUCCUAUGGAGAACCUUUGGGAGUCAUCUUGGUUUCCUUUUCCAUUUUUUUGUUCUUAAUCUCUGGUGUUGUGUUGGGAAUCUUCAUUAAAUUCCAAGAAACCCCGCUUGUCAAAGCCAACAACAGAGACCUCUCCUACGUUCUCCUCGUCUCCCUCCUGCUUUCAUUCUUGUCCUCUUUCCUCUUCAUCGGCCAGCCAAAAAAAGCAACUUGCCUUCUCCAACAAACUUCCUUCAAUGUUAUCUUCUCAGUGGCCGUCUCCUCUGUGCUAGCAAAAACAACCACCGUAGUCAUGGCUUUUCUGGCCACAAGGCCAGGCAAAACAUUGAGGAGUUGGUUGAGAAAAGGCCUGGCAAACACUAUUGUCAUUUCUUGUUCCUCUCUGCAGCUUCUCAUCUGUAUCCUCUGGUUGGGACUCUUCCCACCAUUCCCAGAUUCGGACAUGCAUUCCCAGCCUGGGAUGAUCCUACAGCAAUGCAAUGAAGGCUCAGUGGCCAUGUUCUAUGCUGCUCUUGGCUACAUGGGCUUCUUGGCUAUCGUCUGCUUCGUGGUGGCUUUCCUGGCCAGGAACCUGCCUGGGACUUUCAAUGAAACCAAGAUGAUCACCUUCAGCAUGCUGGUUUUUUGCAGUGUCUGGGUGACUUUUGUUCCCACCUAUCUAAGCACAAAGGGAAAGUACAUGGUGGUCGCGCAGAUCUUCUCCAUUCUGGUGUCAAGUGCUGCGCUACUGGGCUGCAUUUUCAUUCCUAAAUGCUACAUUAUUGUACUCCGACCAAAUCUGAAUACCAAGGCUCACGUUGUGAAAAGAAAAUGUGGUAUUCCUGGUCCCGAGUAGUAGGAAUGGGCAAGAAUGUCCAUUGGUACCACCGUUGGCUUCAUUACAGUGCCAAGUUGAAAAAUGUA